AUGUGUGACUGCAAGACUGAUGACAGUGAGCACAAGCUCACAAAAUUCAAGCUGAUGACAAACUCUCUUGUGAAAGAGAUGUACAUCACCAAUCUCUGUCAGCUUGCUGCUGGUCUUCUCAACAUCAUUAAGAAGAUAAUAACUGUCUCAGCUUCUCUUCUGUUCUCUGUCACUGCUGCUGCUGCCCCACUCUCACUUCUCAGCAUGAAUGCUCUUCUUGUGCUUCAGAAGGAGCAAAAAGACCUCUUGAAGACAAUUCUUCAAACUUUUGUUAGAAAAAGAAAGAUUGAAAGUCCCACUGUCAGUCUGUCAGCAAAGUCUGCUCAUCUCAUUCUUCUCCUUCAGAUGACACCAACUCCAGUCCCCCAUGUCUUGUUUGGUGGUGUGUCAUCAGCUGCACCUGACUCCAGCCAGGUUUUUGAGACUCUGUGGAAAACCACAGAGCAAAUUUCAUUGCCUCCAUUGCAGUUCUUUAUGUCUGUUAUGCCAUUGUCAUCCCUCCCCACCCCUGCCAAAAGCCUGGUUGACUUCAAGUCCAUUUUAGCAGACAAAGAAAUGAAGGAGGUCCAGAAGGAGCAUGAUUUCAUUUUGAAGAACUGA